UACAACUUUAAAUUGUACAUUAAAGCACCAAUACUAUAUAGCAUAAUAGAAGUGCUCAUUGGUAAGUGCUAACUGGUAAGAGCCCCAACGUCUUUGGGUCUGUGUGCACACCCGACUGUACAUUUUGAUACUCAGACGUCUUGCAUGAAGAUUUUGAGAGAUUUGAGAUGGUGAGGGUUUUGUGAUUUAUAAUGUAUUUGAUUAGAGUUGGACUGAAUUGGUGGCCUAUAAAUAAAAUACGUUCUUACAAUGAGUCUAUGAUUUCAUGAAAAAGUGAAAUUGGUUUUUUUUUUUAAUUUUUAUAUUGAAUUCGAAUGACUGAAACUUAUUUGAAAUUGUAUCGAAACAACCGAACUAUGCAGUGACAAAAAAAAUGAGCGUAUUGUUGUCUGAAAUUGUAUCGAAACAACCGAACUAUGCAGUGACAAAAAAAAUGAGCGUAUUGUUGUCUGAAGUUAACAAAAGAGAAGGUAUUUUAGAAUACCUCAAUUUUUACUGGGUAACAUGAUCAUCAUCAUCAUCACCACUAUCACCAAUCCAUUUCCAAACGACCCCUUUACCAAUGCUCGAACCCACGACCCAAGAUGUCAUGGUUCAAGUAUCAUAACAACGAUACUGUCCGCCAUUGGUGUGCCCAUUUUCGGAAUACGAACACAACACACCUCCUCUCACUUCUGGACAAAGAACAUCUGCUCUUCGUAGAUGCGUUGUCAUUAAUUCAGUGCAAUCAACCGAGAAGAACAAGGAAAGGAAGGAUAGUCAUCUCUUUUAAGGUUUCCGAAAUUCUUCACUGAACAUAAAAAUGGGGAACUUCAUCCCUGUUAUUGAAAUACAAGAGAGGCAAUGAAAAGGUUAGGUGGGGAUGGAAUUGAAGGGUGGUAGCCAUUGUUUAACUAAUACAGAUGUACACGCCAUUCUUCGCGCCGGCGAGCCACCGGUGGGGAAGUGGGAACGGCGGUGAGUGGCCGUCAAUUCACGAUUGGGCUCAUGGCCCGUCAUCAAAACCAAACAAUUUACAGUGUGGAAGCCCAAUCUUUACAAAUUUAUAGCCUGGCCCAUUAAUGCCACUUGAAUCUGCUUCCCCUUCUAUUCUAUCUCUCACCAAAACGGCAACAAAACCCCUUUCCCGUUCUUCUCCUUCGACGGCAGAUUCUGCUGCCGAGCCAGAACCACAGGUGAUAUCAAGGUCGCCGACUAUGCAAUCUGACCCGUAUCCGGCGACGAGAAGCUUCUCUGGCUGGCGGCAGUUAGGGGCGAUCAGGAUGGAGGAAGGAUAUCGAGGCUUGGCGCCUGAAGUUCUGCCGCUGCGGCGGGUGAAUUUAGCAAAGCUUUCUUUGGGUCUGGUUAAUUGGGAAACAACCGCCGGUGAAAAACCCUAUGCCUGCAGUGCAGGUUUGUUCAUCAUUAUACUCCUUUAUCUUUUCCCUGCCCUAUGCUCUCAUUUAAUGUUUCUUUCAUACAGCAUUGGCAUCUUCCACUUGCCAUUCGCCCCAACGAGGAGAAGCAAGCAAGGGUGCCAUAUUUUCUUAUAUAAUAAAAAAGGAAGGCACUGUUUCCACAUGGUGCGUUGUCGGUAGGUUUUCUCAAGUCAACUUGGCACUGGAUCAAAGAAAAAAGAAUGGCGCGUUAAUGUUGGAUUAUUGAUCCGCAUCUAGACAUUGCCUUCUAAUCACAGAGGCUUCGUUUUCUACACAGCAAACAAAAAUGGCAGCUGCUCUGGGUGAGUUGGUCCUCAAGAAGUUGGGUUCGCUAGCUGCUGAUCAAGCAAGCCUCCUUUGGGGUCUCAAAAGCGAGAUUCAGAGACUUGAAAGCACGGUUUCCAGCAUCCAAGCUGUACUUCUGGAUGCAGAGGAGCAAUCUAGUAAGAGUCAUCAGGUCCAGCUAUGGCUGCGAGGAUUGGAAGAAGCCCUUUAUGAUGCUGAAGACUUGUUGGACGAUUUUUCCACAGAGGUUCUCCAGAGGAAACAAAUGGAUGGCAAUGGCUUUGUGAAUGAGGUAUGCCGCUUCUUCUCUCCAUCCAACCAAGUUGCUUAUGGACUGAAAAUUGCUAAUCAAAUUAAGGCCAUCCGGAGCAAGUUAGAUGAGAUUGAUCAGAAUAGGAAGCAGUUCAAUUUUCAGACGUGUCCUGUGGCUAGCCAGCAUGAGAGGCAAACUGAGUCCACUAUCCCUGAAAUUGUUGUUGGGAGAGAAGAAGAUAAGCAGGAAAUAAUAAGCAUGUUAUUAUCUCCUAGUUACAAGGAGAAAGUUGCAGUAGUUCCCAUUGUUGGGAUGGGGGGCUUGGGGAAGACAACAUUGGCACAACUCAUUUACAACGAUGACAAAAUCAAAUCUCGUUUCGAUUGCAGAUCCUGGGUUUGUGUUUCUGAAACUUUCGAGCCUAAAGUCUUGGUUAAAAGUAUUUUGGAGUCCAUGACCAAGAAGAAAGUGGAAGACCUUCCCUUGAACGUAUUGAAGGAUCUUCUCCAUGAGGAGAUAAAUAACAAGCUGGUAUUGUUGGUUUUGGAUGAUGUUUGGAAUGAGGACAGGGAGAAGUGGAUUCGCUUCAAGGGUUUAUUUACUAGUGCUGCAGCAGAAGGUAGCAGAAUGGUGAUAACCACACGUCUCCGAAUUGUCGCGGAGAUGAUAGCUACCGAGACGAUUGUGCCGCAUGAGUUGAAAGGUUUGUCUGAGCCUGAGUCCUGGUCCUUGUUUGAGAAGAUGGCUUUUAAAGGAGGGGUAGCGUCAGGUCGACGAUAUGUGGAGUUAGGGAAAGAGGUUGUGAUGAAAUGUCGGGGAGUACCGUUAGCCUUGAGAUCGAUGGGGGGAGUUCUAUUUUUCAAGGAUACUGAGUCUGAGUGGGAAACAGUGAGAGACAGGCACUUGUUGAGCUUAGAGGGUGACAUUUUGGCUACUACUCUUAAGUUGAGUUAUGAUAACUUGCCUUCUCAUUUGAAGCGUUGUUUUGCCUACUGCAAAUUGUUUCCAAAAGAUCAUGAAAUCGAGGUGAAAAUGUUGAUACAGCUUUGGAUGGCCCAAGGCUAUGUGACCAAGUCCAAUCAAUCUUCAGUACUUGAAGAAGUUGGAAUGGAACAUUUUAAGAAUCUGUUGUGGAGGUCCUUCUUUCAGGAGGUGACAAAGGAUGCAUAUGGAAACAUGAAGUCAUGUAAAAUGCAUGAUUUAAUGCACGAUCUUGCUGUCUCAAUUGCAGGAGAGGAGACCAUUUGCUUGAAUGCUUCAAAUCUCACAAAUAGCCUUCUCAGCAGUGGCAAUAUCAACCUUGAAAGGAUUCGGCACCUGUCCAUUGAUUUUGGUGAAAGAUCGUUUGAUGAAUUAUGGCAAGUUCCAACUCUCUUGGCUAAAGCAACAAGACUUCGAACGUUUCUUAUCAUAAAUGUAAUAUACAAAGCCAAGUUCGAGGGAGGUUGUGAGAAAAUUUUUCCAAAGAUGAUUAGGCUGAGGGUGCUUGGUCUAAGAAAAGUGACAACGAGGAUUCUCACGUCUACUGUCCAUGAAUUGAAACAUCUUAGGUACCUUGAUUUUUCUGAGAAUGAGAUGGAGGUACUUUCAAAUGAAAUUUCAAGAUUGGUAAACUUGCAAGUGUUCAAUCUGCGUGGUUGUGUAUAUCUUUCGCUACUACCGACAAAGAUAGAGAAGCUGCACAACCUUAUAUAUCUUGACCUGGAUGAUUCGAGUUUGACUGGCGUACCAGCCGGGAUCGGGAACCUCUCCUUCCUUAGAGAAUUGACUAAAUUCGUAGUAACAGAAGCAGCCGCAGAUGGCACCUCGCCAGCUGCUGGUCUUGGUGAGCUGAAGAAAUUGAACAACCUAAGUGGAGAGUUGACUAUUAAAGGGCUGGAAUGGGUGAAGGAUAAAUCUGAAGCAGAGACAGCCAAUUUAAAUGAAAAAUCGAGACUUCGACGGUUGCAACUAUGGUGGGGUGAUGCAAGAAUUUUCAAAGCGAGUGAUGACGAUAUGGCUAGAAGAUCGGAUCUUGAUUGGUCAGUAUUGGAAGCGUUGCAACCACAUUCGAAUUUAAAGGAGAUACGACUGUCAUUUUAUUGCGGGACAAGUAUCCCAACAAGAAACUGUUGGUUCUCUUCUCUCAGGAAUCUGGUUCAAAUCAAACUUUAUGGGUGUAGGAAACUGCGAAGUCUGCCAAACUUGGUUCCUUUUGUUUCUCUUGAAGAAUUAGAGCUGCAGGGUUUAUGCAGCUUAGAGUAUGUACAGAGCGAGACAAUGACUCCAAACAAUGACUUGGAAUUUCUACCCUCACUCAAGUGUCUCGCAAUCACGUUUUGCAGAAACCUAGUAGGAUGGUCUCCUAAAAAUACAGAAGAUUCGCCUCUGCUACCUCGGGUUUCCACCCUGGAGAUCACAUAUUGCCCGAAAAUUGUAUUGCUCCCGCGUUUUCGGGUCAACUUCGAGAGGGUUGAGUUAACAGCUGUGAGCAGUGACUUGUUGAGUGCAUUCGGUGCCUCUCUGAUCUCUCCACCACGCUCUAGGUUUCAUUGGUUGUGUCUAGAAAGCGUGAAUGAACUGCCGCAAAGGUUGGUUGCACAACUUACUUCCCUCAAGAGGUUACGCAUAUACCAUACUACUUUAUCUCCAUCUAUUCUUCGGCAACUCCCUUCCCUCCAGGAGUUCCAUAUUCGAGAUUGUAAGUUUCUGGAACUGGAUGACUAUUAUUAUGACGAUUGUGAUGAUGACCACAACAACAUGGCACCACCGUGUGUCCUUCCAAGCCUCCGUUGUUUGAUUGUCGACCGUGAUGAGUUGGUGACUCUGCCAAAGUGGGUUCAGCAUUCCUCAAAUUUGCAACAGCUGGAGAUAAUACGGUGUGACGAGCUCAAGUGUUUACCAAGUUGGCUCACAAAGCUAACCGCCUUGAAGUCUUUGAAUGUAAGGAGAUGUGGUAUUCUAUCUGGGAGAUGCAGAAGCAACACAGCUGAGGACUGGCCCAUCGUUUCUCACAUCCCAAACAUCGAAGUUGAUUUUAUAGUUGUCCAGCAGAACGGGUGCUAUUUGGGAAUUGAUGAAGAACUACACCAACAACAGCAGCACCAACAAGAAGAAGAAGCAUCCUCGCACACCCUGAUCUCAAGCAGCCUGUUACAAAAUUGCUUUGCAAGUAUGACCUGCAACCUAUUCCAGAGAUGUUUUCUCCCUUAACUACCUGACACUAAUGCGCCUAUACAUUGUCAACCCGAGUAUUAACUUUUCCUCAAAACUGAUCGUUCGAAGAGGGGCACUCAUUUAUCCAGCAUCUGCAGCAGCUUUGUCCAGGUACUCAUUAAACGUUACAAUGCCAUUUGCUACAUUUGAAAGGCUCAUAUGUUCCUUUGAAUUGAGAUAGUGAAUGGGUUCUCGUUCCUAUGCAGUUUUCAAGCUCCAAAUAUCCUUAGCCUAUGUUGGUGAUAUGACUGUGACAGGAAGCAGCAAUAUAAUGCCUGUCCUGUUGUUUCUUUAAGACUGGAGGUUGGGACCCAAGCUUCUUCAAUGUCAUAAUUCAGGAUUGUGUGUUGAGUUGAUCCUUUAGCUUUAUCGUGUGCCCAAUUUGUAUGCCCAAUUUGUAUAAGUUGUUAAGCUUUAUGUCAUUUCCAGUGUUCGUUUUUCCUAUGUAAAAUUGGUGUUUGUAGUUUGAUGUACGACUAGCUGUUAAGCUCGCUCCCGGCUCUGGUGACUAAGGUAAUCACUUAAUCAACUGAUUAUCCCACCAUUAAAUCUUCCAUAUUGAAGCAGCUCCUUCAUCCAUCAAAGAAAGAGGAAAAACGAACACUGGAAAUGACAUAAAAGCAAGUACAGGCUACAGCAACACUGCAAAACGAACAUGAAGGAAGUUGGAGCUGGAACCGUGAAACAUACACUGGAAAUGACAUAAAGGAAAAGGGUUAUA